AACUUUUUUCUAUCGGCGAGUCCACUGAGGAGGGCGGCUUCCCCACCCGAACGCCCGCUGUCGCGCAACCAUUAUGGAUGGAUUCAGAUCCCGCCUACCCGCUGUAGCGAUAAGUGAAGCCUCCGGCGGUCAUCUUGCGUUGUCACUUGCGAAGCGCACCUAUCUCGAAUGCAUUGAUUUAUUUAUCCGAGAUCUUUUCACGUGAAUUUCAAAAAAUCCCUCUGAAUCAAAUAUGAAAUGUAACCCUAACCUCUGUGUUUCACUAUCCACCGUACUCUGAAUGUUAAACGCAAACAAUAAAAUUCAGUUCCUGAGACCCAGCCAGGUGUAACGGUGGCAACGUAAGAUGGCUGCCGUCUGACCUCACGUGCCAGAGUCUGGGAGUGGGUCCACCCUUGAUACGCGCGUGCGUGACAGCAACAAGCGCAAGUCAAUAUCAACUGUUGCUGUGGUGACGCGCACAAUACAUUCACACGCUCACACAUUGUUCUGUGUCCAAGGGGCCCCCCUAACUUGACUCGGACUCAGACGCGACCAUGACAGCGGGGGCGGUGGCGGCGCCGCGGAUUAUUCCCAUCACGCAACGGGACAAACCCACGUCAAGGAACCACAUUGACACCAGUACACUUGUUUGCAUUCAAUCGGACACGGGCGACGCGUGUCUUUUCUACACGCUGGACGGCUCCAAUCCCGCACGCGAGGCGCCUUCUGGGCCAGGAAGCGAUGGGCGGCGCUACCUAUCGCCUUUCCUGCUGCCCGCUGGACGAGUGUGCGUCCGUGCCAUGGCCGCCACCAGCGACGGCCGCGAGAGCGCCACCGUCACCAAAAUCUUCAUUGUCCGGGAGGCGGAGCCUCCGCAACAGCAGGUGAGCCCGGGCGAAGGCUUGCACCACCGCCACGAUGACGACGUGGCGACUUUACGCCGGCUUCCAGGGUCAAAGGUGACGGACGGCGCCGGCUCCCUCCGGCGUCCUGGCGUGGCUCCACCCGCCGGCGUUCUCGCACGCUCAAGUGUGGAGAGUGCAGGUGCGCCGAGGCGCCCGGACGCCACGCCGGAUGCGCGCGCCCGUCGCCCGAGCACGACGCCCCCUGUUGACGGAGGACUGCUGGCGUGUUGCGUGUGGUGCCAUGCUGAAGUUGCAGUCGACACGCACGUGUGUUCUAGAGGCCACGCCCACCUAUGGCGUCAGCUUCGGCCUUCCCUGCAGGCUCAAGUUUUGUGUGUGUGCUGUGGACGAGGCAACCCGGCUGACCUGUCACACUGCUUGACGUGUGACACCCGCCUCUCCACGACAGCGUUGGAUGUGGACAGAGCCCCUUGUAUCCAGGAGGCCUCACACACCGGCAACUUGGCCUGCUCCGCGUGUCAACGCCUCAACCGCGCCGACGCUCGCUACUGCGACUGGUGUGGCACCAAGGCCGGCCCGUCCUCCCAAGAGUGCUGCACGCAGACGUCGGUAGCGCAUGGCCUAUCCUCUGACGUAGAGCGGGCGGCGGGUCGCCCGCGGCCGCCAUACUCGGCCGUCAGCCCGGGGAGAGGUUUCUGGAGGAAACAGCUGGAUCACGUGUGCGCUCACCUGAGGAGUUUUGCCCAAAACGACGCCCCCUUCAGGACGCUGCUGGGAGAGCCUCGGCUGGGCCGGGUACGACGGACGGUCUGCGUCGCCCGCGGAAGGCAGAUGACCUGCGCCGUGCUUCGAGAAGACGCUCAUGAGGUCAGUCUGAGCCUCAGCUUCGCAGCGGGCGGGGACGUACGCCAGGAGGUUGGACAGAAAGUGAGGAGCGCUGCUUCCAAGCUCAUCCGGGCCUCGGAUUCGGUUUGUGCGCUGGCCGAAAGCGGAAGCAAAUGCAGCGGCGCUGAGAUGGCCAGGAAUGCGCAGCUGCUUCAGGAAUUGGGCCCGGGUUGCGGUCGCGUGGGCGUUGUCCGGCACCUCCUGGAACAGGGGGCAGACCCCGAGUGCCGGGGCAGCGACGGCCGCCCCGCCGUGGCCGUGGCCGCCGUCAACGGGCACCAUGCCGUCGUGCCUCUUCUACUGCAGCGCGGUGCCAACAUUGACCUGCAAUUUGGCCCGAUGAAGAACACGGCGCUGCACGAGGCCGCCGCGCUCGGACCCGACGGUCUCGGCUGUGCCCGCGUUCUCCUCAGCUGCAACGCCGGCGCCGGGCUGCGAAACGUCAAGGGCCUGACGGCCUACGACGUGGCCUCUGCCACCGGCUGCGUCGACAUGAUGUCGCUGCUGCGGGAGUCUGCCGCUUUGGGACGGGCGGGGCUCACAGCCAGCUAAUCUCUACGAAAUUCUCUCAUCACACGACACACGAGCGGAGAAACAAAUUCCAAAAACAAAACGUGUGCGUUGAUUGACUUUUUAUUGGCACACAAAAAGCGAAGUCAAAGAGGGCGCGCGUCACCGGGGGGCUUCAGCUUCAAUUUGAAUAAA